AUGGUUUCAGAUCAUCCAAUGUCUAAAUCACGUUCUUCGAACAUUCCAGGAGCUACUUCUCCACGUAGGCCAGGUCUAACCAAGCAAACUUCACUUACAAGGCUAACAAGGACAAUUAGCGUAGAAUCUACUUUUUCAAUGGCAAGUAUUGAAAAUGCAACUUCAAAUUUAACUCCAGGGAAAUUGACUAACCGAUCAUUAGAUGAUCUGACUGAAUCUUUAACAAAAUUAGGUAUAGCUGGAAACCUUACUUCUAUUCUGAGUCAAGAAAUUCAUAGGCAAGAUCUUUCUGCUGCCUCGGGCAAUAAUCAAGGAACUAGCACAUCAUCAGAUAAGGAAAAGGAUCGUGAUUCAUUAGAAGUUCCUUUUAUAAAUAUUUCUUUAGAUGCUUCGUUACCACAUGACUAUUUUAAGGAUGAUGUUUUAAAUACUAUUCAAGCUUUACAUAUUAAACAUUGGUAUGUUAAAAAUGUACCAAAUCAAUCUAUAUCACCAUUAGAUAGGAAGAAAAUUGAUUUAACUAGAAUAACAGGGGCUAUGACCAAUGUUAUUUAUAAAGUUGAAUACCCUGAAUUGCCUUCUUUAUUGUUAAGAGUCUAUGGCCCCAAUGGUGAUUCAAUUAUCGAUAGAGAAUAUGAAUUACAAGUAUUAGCGAGAUUAUCAAGUAGAAAUAUUGGUCCAAAAUUAUUUGGUUGUUUUGAAAACGGUAGAUUUGAACAAUAUUUAGAAAACUCUACAACGUUGACUAAAGAAGAUAUUCGCGAUUGGAAAACUUCUCAAAGAAUAGCAAGAAGAAUGAAAGAGUUGCAUUCAGGGGUCCCUCUAUUACCAAGAGAAAAAUUACAAGGUGCUACUGUUUGGAGAAUGAUUGAAAAAUGGUUCAAUACAAUAGAAUCAAAUAAAACUUGGAUUCAAUCCAAUAAAGUACAAGAUGUAUUAUUAGCUCAAGAUUGGGAAAAUUUUAAAAAGGCCAUACAGUCAUAUAGAUAUUGGCUACAAAAAAAUAAUUCAAAGAUAUUUGGAGAAAAUUUAGUAUUUUGCCAUAAUGAUACACAAUAUGGUAAUUUAUUAUUUAGUUCUCCUGUUACUAAAUCUAUUUCUACUGCUAUAUCAAGUCCAUUCUUGGAGCCUGUUAAAAGUAGCGGUUCCAUAAGCUCACCAUACCUAACUCAUGUGAAUUCUGCCACUUCUUCUGUUACUUCUUUAUUUCAACCAAAUGUAAAUAUAUCUUUAGAUGAUAUUAUCUUACCAACAAAAGAUGAACAAAAACAGGAUUCGAAGCUUGUAGUAAUCGAUUUCGAAUAUGCAGGUCCAAAUCCAGCAGUCUUUGAUUUAGCAAAUCAUUUAUGUGAAUGGAUGCAUGAUUAUAACUGUAAUGAGCCACAUAAGUGUUUCAUUGAAAAUUUCCCAAAUAGAAACCAAAUUUUAAACUUUCUUUAUUCAUAUGUUUCACAUCUACGACAUGAUAAGGGUAUAUCCAUUGAUGAAGAAGUUAGGCAAUAUUAUAAUGCUCUUAUGAAAUGGAGAGGUACAGUGCAAUUAUUUUGGGGUUUAUGGGCCAUUAUUCAGAGUGGUAACCUCUCAACCGAGGAAAAUAACGAAACUACAAAUGACCAUGGAAAUGAAGAAAUUACUGUUGAAGAACAUGGGCCUGGUGGAGCAAAAUAUAUCAUUAAGACAGAGGAAUAUAAUGACGAAGAACAUAAUGAACCAACUCCUCCAAUUGAAGAAGUUGAGACAGCAGGUGUUGAUAUUGACUCAUUUGAUUACUUAGGGUUUUGCAAAGAUAAAAUGUCAGUAUUUUGGGGUGAUUUGAUAUCACUAGGUGUAGUAAACGACGGUUAUAUUGAAGAUUCGAUUAGAAAACUCGGCUGUGAGCUUGUAUAA